AUGGACGUUCUCAUGGACGAGAAGAACAGAGUCUUCCCAAGCUUCAUCUACCGCUAUAUUUUCAUCAUAUUUCUGUGUCUGUUCCCUCUCUUCCUGCCCUGGGCAACCUCUUAUCGGAAUCGUAUCCUCUCCGUCUCUUUCCCCUUCGUCGGCCAGUACGUCUCCAGGCCAGCCUUUCUAUUCCUUCUGGGCAACAGCAUCAUCGUCUUCCUCGUCUUCGAGUCAAAGUUGUUGCUGGCCUCGGCAGAGCCGUCCCCAUUCGAUUUCUGCGAAGAAUGCACGGACCAGAACAAGUGCCUCCUCUGCUGCUCCGUGAGCGUUACAUCGUUGGCGCCGGUGUCGCAUGAGGAAGAAGACGAAGAAGAAAAGGAAGAGGAAGAGGAGCUUUCCAGACAGUGCGACGAUUUCAUAGCCCAAGAGAACAUGCGAAGGACGAUUGAAGAGAAGAAUCUUGCCAGUGGCAAACGAGCACCACCAUAUCAGGAAACAUGA